AUGGCAGCUAGAUAUGGCCGAGGGAGCCCCGAGGUGGCACGGCGUGGUCGCCGCAUCUCUUUCAUGUGGCGUGAGAUUGGGAGGUACCUGCCGACUGUGUUAGCUCAUACCAUGUGGCUGAUGGGCGAUGGCCGGACUAUUGUUGUGACUGAUGACCCGUGGGUGGAUACCAUCCCCUUGAGAUAUUGGCCGACGACGGUGGAUUUCGAGGCAGCAGUGGGGCUCCGGGUGUGCGACCUCUUAGCACCAGGGAGGGCAGCGUGGGACGUGGACAGACUCCAUCAGUUGUUCGGGGCACAUCUAGCCGAGAGGAUCCUUUCUCUGCCAGUACCAGGAUGCGAGGGCCCAGAUGUCAGAGUUUGGAGCACUUCAUGCAGGGCCAGUGUUAGGCUGGGUGAUCUGGCCCGGGUGAUUCAGGGCGAGCAUGAGAGUGGAUGGGACGGUGCCUGGAUUUGGAGGUCUAGGCUCCAUCCGAGAGCAGCACUCUUUCUAUGGAAGGUGAUGUGGGACCGCCUUCCGACGAGAGCUGUGCUGAGCCGACGUGGUCUGGGGAUCCCUGCGGAGUGUGGGGCCUGCGGUGCGGAUGAGUCAGUUGAUCAUGUACUAUUUGGAUGUUUUUGGGCGAGGCGGACAUGGCAGUGGACGGGUAUCCCAGAGGAGGUUUGGCGGGAGAGGAGACUGUUCCUACAGAUGAUACGUCAGUGGCUGGCUAGUCCCCGGACAUGUCAGGAGGCCAUCCGAGCGACUUGCACCGCCCACCAGAUCUGGUUGGCAAGGAACGCUCGCACCUUUGGCGAGCGUAGGAUGUCGUCGAGGUUUAUUGCGGAGUCCGCUCGAGUACUGGCGAUGGAGUCCAUACCUACCAGCCCUUCAGAUACGACCUUGAUAGCUCGGGACACCUGGGUACUAGACAGUGGUACACGAGGCGGUGCCGGCUUCGUCAUACGAGACCCUCACUUUAGGGUAGUGGCAGCGGGCGGUUGCCGGCUAUUCGACACAUCAGUGCCUGCGGCGGAGUUGCGAGCUGCCUGGGCCGGCCUCUACCAUGCGCGGCGGGUAUUACGGGCUAGCUCGAUCAUCUUAGAGGGCGACUCAUCCACUGUCAUUGGGUGGAUUCGGCGGGAGAGCACUGACCAUCCUCUGAUCCGGGAUAUUAGGAUGAUGGUGAGGGAUGCUGUGGCCUUUGAGGCUAAGCAUGUAUUCAGGGAGGCUAACGGGGCGGCUGACUGGGUAGCUGCAUAUGCAGCACACCAUUCAGGAUACGCCCUGUGGGCAGGAGAGCGGGAGUUGCCAUCGGCACUACGCGAGAUUUUGUAUUUUGAUGUUCUUGGGUGCAUUCGGACACGUGUUGUUUGA